AUGGCUGUUUCAUAUGAAGGGAUGGGUCUUGCGGCCCAUCAGUUCUCCGGUCAGAAAUUGCCUCUUUUGCAGGCUGCUGUGGAGUGGUUUGGGGUUUGUGGGGGUGUCCUGGAGGAGGUGCAGGGUGGCUGGGAUGGUGGCAGUGGGGUGCUGAUGUGUGAGGAAGAUGGUGAUCCGUUUGUGGAGUACCAUCGUCGUCCUGAUUAUGAUUAUGGUGGGGGAGAUGGUGGGAAAUUGGAUGAGGAAGAGGAAGAGAUGCUAUUCUCGGGGGAGAGUGACAAUAGCUUCGAUUAUACCAACACCACUAUCUCGACGUAUAGUGAGGUGUCGUUUUUCGAUGAAGGUGGAGAGGGAAUUGAGGAUGGGGAUGAGCGUGGUCUUGUUCCUUCGCCAUUGAAGGUGCGGAAGGUGUCUGGGGAGUCGGUUGGAGGGAGUAGCUCUCUGCAGGGUUCCGAGGGUGAGGGCCAUGCUAUGGGUGUGGCUAAGGCAGGAGUUGGGGUGUCGUUGCCAUUGCCGUUGAGGAUUGCUGCCCCCACUACUUCUGCGUCUAUCUGUACAGGUCCCAAGAAGGAAACCAACACAACAAUCGAUUUCCUCCGUCAGCAGGUCACGUCCAGUAUCACCACGCUGCAUAGAAUGAUCACGGACGUGGCUGAGAUGCAGUAUGCACGGCGCAUGUCCAAGGGAAUGCGACGCUCUGGAUCCUUUUGGAGCUUUAGUCCGGUCAAGGAGAAGCAUGUUGCUGACGGCGAUGACAUUGGAAGCGGAAAGUCUUCGUUUGGGGUCAAGGAGAGUAUAGAGCAACGAAUUGCGAGAUUGCGAAGGGAUGGAUGGCAGACAGUGGGAAUCCGGGGACAGAGAAGUGGAUGGAAGGGGGAGGGCUAUUAUCGGGAGUAUUGUGGGCGAGUGUUGGAUGAAUUGUAUUUGGGAAGAUCUUGA